ACUCCGCCUCCUGUGCGCUUCACAUUACCGCCAGCACACUUCACAUCAGUUUCAUUAAUUUAAGAGUUUGACUCGCGUACUUUAGCUCAACCUGACGUUAAAAAUCCGUUGCGUCUGGAGUAUCUGAGGCGGUGGUGGGAUGAGAAACAAAAGCGAAUGUCUCUGGUGUCAUAAUGUCACGGUGAUUUUACGUUUUUCCAUCGUUACAUUUAUAUACUGACGAUACGCUUCAAAGCUUCGAAAUGGCGCGAAGCGGCGACGAGAAACAAGGCAAACUCGAUUUCGACGAAAGUCGGAUUGACUCCGGAAUCGACUCGUACAAGUCAAUACCCAGAGAACAGGACGGGAUUUCACACAGCUCUGAGGAUAAAGAUAAAAACUGCGCUUUGGAAGAGAGACUGGACUCUGCUUACGUCUCUUCAUCGUUAACAGUGGACAGUUUGGGGGAUAUUAUCGAAAAAUGCAGCAUUUCUGAAUGUGAAAGCGCGGCGGAGUGUGAAUACACCGAAGAGGAAGUCAGUUUCCUAACCACUGUUACAGAAGACGGAGACACGAUUCUCCAUCUGGCCAUAAUCCACGAAGAGGAAUGUUUUGCACGUCAGCUGAUAGACCUGUUUUCUCCAGAUCUGAUGGAUAUUCAGAACAACUUGUAUCAGACGCCGUUGCAUCUGGCCACGUACCUGAACCAGUCCACCGUCGUGAAGAGCCUUGUAGAGAAGAGGGUCUCGCUGGAGCUCCAGGACCAGGAGGGAAACACCCCUCUCCAUGUGGCGUGUGAGCAAGGAUUCUGGGACUGUGCCAAUGAGAUGAUGCACAGCGCCUCACCCAGCAAACUGGCCUACGUGCUGGAAGCACAGAACUGGAGAGGUCUGACGUGUCUCCACGUGGCUGUGCUGCACAAGCAUCAUCGUCUCCUGCGGCUGCUGAUGAAGAGCGGAGCGGAUCUGAACAUCCAGGAGGGGACGAGCGGGAAGACGGCGUUGCACGUGGCGGUGGAGCUGCACGACGCGCCGGCGGUGAACAUGCUGCUCAAUAAAGGAGCCAAUGUAGACGCGGCUAUGUUUAACGGCUGCACCGCGCUGCAUCUGGCCGUGGGCCGACAGGACGCCACCAUCGCUAACCUCCUGUGUCAGGCCGGAGCCGACAAGAUGAUCAGAAACAUGGAGGACGAGACGGCCCUGGAUCUAGCCGACGGCAAUGAUGAUAUUUUGGCCUUGUUCCCCUUCGAUGACAUUCAGAUCAUGGGCAGGACCGUCAUGAGCUUCUCCUGAACGUGUCAGCGGCACGUUCUUCAACUUUGAGAAACUGGUGUGAAAUUGCAGGACUUUGGUUUUAAUGAUGUACAGCUUUUGGAAAGGUCUGCGUGUAAGCUCAUCUAUUUAUGUCCAGCGGAGAUCGGGCUGGUUGUGCGGCAGUAACCGCUCGGAGUCACUCGUGAAGUGGUCGGGACGUGACUCGUAUUGUAUGUAGUCUGUUGAGAAACCUUCAUGUCAGACAACACAAAUGCAUUCUGGUCUAUAAUUAGCGUUAUUUGAUGUUUUGUAGCAAUACAGUGCUGGUGUAAACAAGAUGAGUAAAUGAAACACUGCUUUGCAAACGUUUUAUCCAAACAAAAGGUUCAAUAAAAGUAGUUUUAAUAUUUA